AUGAAUCUUGAGUUUUCGUGUUCUUGGAGGGGAACACCGGUUAAGAAAUUACCGGUCGGUUACAUCGUUAACGAGUUUGUUGUCUUGGAGAAGGAUAAGGUCAAGAGAGUGUACAAUGUAGUGUUGGAGUCUUACAUUGUUGAUAUACCAAAAGGUAAUACAGAGGAGGAUACGAGGAUGUUUGUGAAUACUGUCGUCAAUAACAUUCUUGCGUGGAAUUUGUUUUCUUCUUAA